CCUUGACCCAGGCACAAAAAACCCGCGUAGGUAUUUCUCUACAUAUCUGCAUUUUCAGAAAUUCAAUACAGUGGAAUCAUAGAAUCUGUGCAGGUCAAUAGAAAUGGGGAACACUUCAUGCUUGCUUUGUGGGUGCGUUGAUCAGGCAAGCGUAGGGGUGGUGGAGAAGUGGGGGCGGUUCCAGAGGCUGGCGGAGCCGGGGUUCCACUUUUUCAACCCGCUUGCCGGAGAAUGCCUCGCCGGGAUACUCUCCACUAGGAUCAACUCUCUUGAUGUCAAAAUUGAGACCAAAACCAAGGACAAUGUCUUCGUUCAAAUGCAUUGCUCAAUUCAAUAUCGAGUAAUCAGGGGAAAUGCUGAUGAUGCCUUUUAUGAAUUACAAAAUCCCGAGGAGCAGAUCCAGUCUUACGUAUUUGAUGUUGUUCGAGCUCAUGUUCCUAGAAUGACUUUGGAUGAGCUUUUUGAACAAAAGGGUGAUGUUGCUAAUGCUGUCUUAGAGGAACUUGAGAAGGUGAUGGGAGCAUAUGGAUAUAACAUAGAGCACAUAUUGAUGGUCGACAUCAUUCCUGACCCAUCUGUACGCAGAGCAAUGAAUGAGAUAAAUGCAGCUCAAAGGAUGCAGCUUGCUAGUGUGUACAAGGGUGAAGCAGAUAAGAUUCUCCAGGUCAAGAAAGCAGAAGCUGAUGCUGAAGCCAAAUAUCUUGGUGGAGUCGGGGUCGCUAGACAGCGUCAGGCAAUUACAGAUGGCUUGAGGGAGAACAUCUUGAACUUCUCCCACAAGGUUGAAGGCACCUCGGCUAAGGAGGUGAUGGAUCUUAUCAUGAUCACCCAGUAUUUCGACACAAUCAAAGAUCUUGGAAAUAGUUCCAAGAACACAACGGUUUUCAUACCCCAUGGUCCAGGUCAUGUCCGGGAUAUUGGUGAGCAGAUACGCAAUGGACUGAUGGAGGCUUCAACUGCACAGGUCAAUGUUGAAUAAUUUUGCUGGUUUUGUCAAUAUAUUUUACACGAAUGUCUCUAUAACUAAAUAUGAACUUGUUUUUGAGUUAUUUGGAAUAUGAACAUAGAAUUUGUGGGAUGAAUAAUCGUAGGCACUAGUAAAUGUGCUAUAUCCGUUAAGUUCUUUUGUUUCUGGUGCAUUGCUUUCGUGGUUGUGCCUGAAAUAUGAUUUCUGA